AUGUUGCCACCGCUCUCACACCUCCAGCGUCGCCUCCUCGCCGCAGGCCCAAAACUCCUUGCUCCGCCCCUUUUCCGCUCAUUCUCCAGCGCCACCGCACCAGCAGCACGCAAGCCGACCACCGCCGUGGCCGUCCUCUGGGACCUGGCCGCUUCCCGUCCCCCGUCUACUCUCCUGCUCUACGACGCCGCCGUGCGCCUCCACCUCGCCGCCACCUCCUUCGGCCGUCUCCGCCUCUCCGCGGCCUUCGUCCACCCGUCCCACCGCCUGCCCGCCCCCGCCGCGUCCGCCGCCACGACCCACCUCUGCCGCCUCUGCGGCCGCCGCUUCCGCUCCCGCGACGCGCUGCUUCGCCACUUCGACGCCAUCCACGCCCGCGAGCACGCCAAGCGCGUCGCCCGCAUCGACUCCGCCCGCGGCGGCCGCCGCGUGCGCCUCGCCGCCGCGCUGUCCCUCAAGCUCUCCAAGUACGAGAAGGCCGCGCGCGAGCUCACCGCGGGUGCGGGCACCGCCUCCCCGUCCGACGAGCUCGGGCGCGCCGGCGUCCGCGUCGAGCUCUCCCGGACCCCGGCGGCGUCCCUCCGGGAGCUCGCGCAGCUGGUGCUCGACGAAGGGUCCGCGCGGUUCUUGAUGCUCGUCUCGGGCCACGAGGAGCUGGCCUCCCUGCUGCGGGUGGCGAGGGAGAGGGGCGUGCGGUCGGUGGUCGUCGGCGGUGAGUCCGGCCUGGCGAGGUGGGCGGACGUCGGGUUCAACUGGGCGGAGGUGAUCGCCGGGAAGGCUAGGAAGGCCGCGCCGUCCGUGUCCGGCAAGUGGCGGGAUAGGGACGUGCUCAAGGGGCUGGAGUGGAGGUACGAUGAGGACGAUGACGACGAGGAAGAGGUGGUGUUCGAGGACGGUGACGGCGAUGGAGUCGAGGAGCUGGCACGCAAGGCCAAGGGGAACCCGUGGUGGAAGAGAUAUUUGGUGAGAGACCAUUAUGGGAAGUGGGCUUCGAUGGAAUGCCAUUCCGCAACGGGGCUUCGCUAG